UGACACUUACAGGUCCAACUGAUACCAGCGGAGAUGCAACGAUGGUGAAACUGGCCCAGAUCAACGGACAAGAGGUGGUGACCUCUAAGAGCAGGAAGGGAGGUUUUCAGGACGAUCCUCUGACUGUCCGAAGUAAAGAACACGAUCUGAUUGUUUUGAAAACCCAGAAAAGGAGAGCAGAGUUCUUUAAUCAGGAAGCCUCACCAGGAGUCAGCUCUAUGGUCUACCUGUGUGGAGGAUCGGCGUCGGCAAUAUCUGAUCUCCAGGUGCCGUCCCUCAGCACCUCCCCCUCCAGUUGGUCCUGGGACCCCGAGGAAGAGAGGAGGAGGCAGGAGAAGUGGCAGGAGGAGCAGGAGCGCCUCCUACAGGAGAAGUACCGUCAGGACCAAGAGAGACUGGAUGCUGAGUGGCAACAGGCCCAGGAGGAGGCAGGGGUGGAGGUAUACAGGCAGGCUGAGGUGACUCCUGAUCCUCUACCGUCCAGAUGCAUCGUGGGAUACGUAGUCCCUUGUGUCAAAUCAUCCACACCGAACAUGGAGAGUUCAGGAGAGAUGACCAAUGGGAUCGCUAGCCUUGCCAGUCCUCAGCCAGCCUUGAGCCAGCCCAUGCCCUCUGUUGCCCAUGUGGCAUCCAAUCAAAAGGUUGUUUUUGACGGGAGAAGGGAGGAGCCUCGUCCUCAAGGGAGGAAGCUGGAAGAGGAGACUGAAGUGACAGAAGGAGAUAAUUGGUCUGGGUACUCCUAUGGUUUCACCCAGCUAUCUAUAGCUGACAGGAUGAAAUCCAAGUCCUCCCCAUCGCUGGAGGGUUUCCACAGACAGGAGGUGAAAGGCGCUACCAGGGAGGUCGCUAGGAGGAAGCCUCCUCAGAGCAUGUCGUUAGUAGAGGCUGAGAGGCAACAGAUCCUGGACGAGAUGAGGAAGAGGACCGCUCUGCUGACCGACAACAGCUGGAUACGACAACGCUCCACCUCUGACAACAAACAACCAGCUAACCGGCGAGGGCCUUUGAGGAGGUACGACUCUCUGGACAACCUUCCCUCUUCUUCCACCCUGCUCUCCAACCCCCAACGCCCCCACUCCUCCCUGGGUUUCUCCGCCCCGUACCGCACCCCCUCCUCCCGGCACAGCAUGGGUGUGGCCCUGGGGGGUUACUCCAACGGGACCCAGAAGCACAGCCCUACCUGGCCCCGCCCCUUCAGCACAUCUUCCCCCCCGCCCAACACCGGAGAGGAACCCGCCACCGGCGAAUCACGACCCGUCUCACAGCAACACCACCGAGUGCUGACUUCUCGUCAGGUGUGUUCAGUGUGUGUGUGUCCUAUGGGCAGAGGGGCUGCCAUGGUCAUUGAGACCCUGAACCUCUGCUUCCACCUGGCCUGUUUUCAGUGUGUGGACUGCAGGUGCCGACUUGGAGGGUCAGAGGUCAGAGCCCAGAUCAGAAUCAGCAACGGGAAGCCUUACUGUGACCCCUGCUACAUCCGACUCAAGUCCCACCUUGCCACCUCCCUGUGACCAGAAUGCAUUGCAGCAGAUUGAGGAAGAGACGACGACGACGACAUCAACCUCAAACACGACAAUGGAGAUCUUGACUAUGACCUCGUGUUGACCUUG